UUUUCACACCAGGUUCCCGAUCCACACUCCCUACCAGUUGGUGGCGGUAGAGCAGCUUAACGUUAUUGGCUAACUGCCCUACACCAUCAAAAAGAAGAAGAACGCGACAGCAGCGCAGAGGAGUGAGACGUCUCGCCGCAGGGACAUAUCUCUGCAGUGCAGACCUCAGUACAGUGUGUCCUCUGCAGCGGGGCUCCUCCGGUCCCCCCGUGCUGCGGUGUCCAGCUCCUCUCCUUCCGGUCACGAUAGUCCCUAUCACAGAUACCGUGUGGUGGAGAGGAGGCCGCCGGGUCAGAUCACUAUCCCUGACCAACUGUGCGCUCACCGCGGCCAAGUCUGACCCCGUCCGCUGCGGUGCUGCUAGCCCCGGCAGCUGCUUACGUUAGCUAACCCUCUGUUAGGGCGAAUGUGAUCAAAAUAAAGUUAAGAUAGCACCUGAACACAACUGCACGAGAAGACGAAUAAGAUUUAAUUCAGAGAAAAGUCAGAAAGGAUUUGCAGGGUUUUAACUUCUCGACUCUUAUGCGGACUGUAUCCACGGGUUCCUGUCGCCGUCCGGACCGUGUCCCCGGAGCUCGCUUAUGGUGAACGAUGCUGCUGCUCUCCGCUACAACACGCCUUCUCGGAAGAGGAAGAGGUAAGACUCUGCUCGCUGACCCGGUGAAGAGGAUCUGCGAGAAAAUGUCGACUUCCUCCCUCGCCGGCAAGCGACUGCGGGUCCUGGUCGACAUGGACGGGGUGCUGGCGGACUUCGAGGGCGGGUUCCUGAAGAAGUACCGGGCGAGAUACCCGGGCGAGCCCUACAUCACCCUGGAGGACAGGAGGGGGUUCUGGGUGUCAGCGCAGUACGGACAGCUGAGGACGGACCUGUGUGAAAAAGCCAUCAGUAUCUGGCAGUCCAAAGACUUCUUCAUAGAGCUGGAGCCACUGCCAGGAGGAGUGGAAGCCGUCAAGGAGAUGGCCAGGAUGGAUAACACAGAUGUCUUUAUUUGCACCAGCCCUAUAAAGCAUUACAAACACUGCCCAUAUGAGAAGUAUGCUUGGGUGGAGAAGCAUUUGGGCCAUGACUUUCUGGAGCAGGUCAUCUUGACCAGGGACAAGACAUUAAUCAGCGGAGACAUCCUCAUAGACGACAAGCCUGAUAUUCUUGGCGUGGAGACGAAACCGACGUGGGAGCACAUCUUGUUUACCGCCUGCCACAACAAGCAUCUGUCUCUCAGCCCCUCCCAGAGACGCCUCCUGUCUUGGUCGGACGACUGGAGGGCCAUCCUGGACAGCAAGAGGCAGUCAACUUGUGCUGGAGACCACUGUGAAGCAGCUUCAUCGGAAGUCCUGUCAGUGUCAUGUGAUCGCCCCCUCGAUGGAUUUGUUGUCACUGAAGCUACUCAAAAGCAAAAAAAAGCUAGUCAGCUUUCACUGGCGCAAACACUGCUCUAGUGUCAGUUGUAACUCAUCCACUUUUGUCACGUCUCAUGUUUGUGGUGCUGGUAAAUAUUUGAGCAGCACCGGAGAUGAUUGAUUCAUUAAAGAGUUCUCAAAGUAACGAUGAAGAAAAGUGAUAUAACCUGUUAUCUAUCAUGUAAAAGUAUGACGGGACAUGGAGAAAAAGAAAUUGAUGGUUGUAAAAUAAAAAAUAUCUACUUUUA